GCAGGCGCGGGUGAUGUAGCGCGCGGCCCGGCAUGGCGGCCGUGGUGCUGCUGGCCGCGCUAGCGAGCGCCGCGCCGCCCGCCGCGACGCCCGCGCUGGACGUGGACGAGCCGGCGUGGCGCGAGCUGUGGUUCGGCUCGCUGGAGGCGCUGCACCGCGAGCCCUCCAUCAACAACUCGCAGGAGGAGGUGGUGGCGCAGCUGGGCGCCGUGGCCUUCCUGCACUGCCCCGUGCGCCACCUGGGCGAGCGCGGCGUGUCCUGGGUGCGCCGCCGCGACUGGCACAUCCUCAGCUCCGGCAUGCUCAUGUACACCAACGACGAGCGCUUCCAGGUGCUGCACAGCGAGGGCUCGGACGACUGGGUGCUGCAGAUCAAGUACGUGCAGAAGCGCGACAACGGCACCUACGAGUGCCAGGUGUCGACGGGCGGCGGCACGCUGUCGCGGCUGGUGCACCUGCACAUCGCCGUGCCCGAGGCCUUCAUCCUGGGCGCCGACGAGCACCACGUGGACGCCGGCUCCACCAUCAGUCUGGUGUGCAUCAUUGAGAAGAGCCCGGUGCCGCCGCAGUACGUGUUCUGGUACCACAACGCGCGCAUGAUCAACUACGACGCGGCGCGCGGCGUCACCGUGCAGACGGAGCCGGGGCCCAAGACGCAGUCCACGCUGGCCAUCCGCGCGGCCGCUCCGCGCCACUCCGGCAACUACACGUGCUGCGCCGCCAACACCGAGCCCGCGCACAUCUUCGUCUACGUGUCGGAAGGCAGCGACAAGAUGGCGGCCACGCUGAGCCGCAACACGAGCGGCGCGCCCCGCCCCGCCCUCGCUGCCGCCCUCGCCGCCGCCUGGCUGCUGCUGGCGCUGGCCACCGCCACGUGACUCCUGCCCUCACGCCUACACUUAUUACUAUUCAAACAAACGCUGUACAUAUAAUAUGACUCGUAUUUUCUACACGACCCAUACUAUGGGCCUAUAUUAUAAUUGAUUAUACCUAAUAAUGAUUACUACUUCACGUUCGUACGACUAUGCGAGAUACUCGAUCCUAUAGUAACGAUAUUGUGGACUUUAAUUUGUUAAAUUGAUUGCAAUGAGUAUUGCGAGUGGUGACAGGAACACAACAGUGGGUGCGUGCGAGCUGUGCGACCAGUGCGGUAGUAAUGUUAUUGUAGAUAAUAAAGAUUGCAGCGCCGUACGUUAUUAUGAAAACAGUCCGUUACUCAAGACAUGCGGCCGGGUUCAUAAGGUAACAUGUAUAGAUAACCCGCCGGCGCCAGCGUGCCCGGAUACCGGCCAGUAGGUACUCAACUAACUGCAAGUGUACAUAACUUUGGUUACUCACCUUGAUAAUGUAGUUUAGAGAUGACUCAUGAAUUUCCGCGUGAAUGGUACAGAUCCAAGUCAGUAGCGUAGCAUCGACCGAGCGGCGCCGCGGGGCUCGGCGGCACCGAGCGCGUGCGGCGCCGCGACGGCCGCCGUCCGCUGUACAUAUUGCUGCUAGUCGAGUCCGCGAGGCCUCUUCUGUACAUACUUGUUUACGUGAUUUCACCAAUUACUACUUUGUCUAUAGUAAUUAAAUUACAUAUGUAGGUAGAAUUCCAAAUUGCGUGGCGCCGUCUCGCCCGCUCGUCGUCUUUCAGAAGAGGAGGCUGCGAGUGUCACUACGUCAGCGGUUCACUGUCUCCAAACUAAAUGUUCAUGUUAUCUAGCUGACGGGUGCGUUCAUUAUUAUAAACUAAUUUUCUAGUUUUACAUGCAUUAGUUGAAUGCGGUGUAAGUCUCAGAUUUUAUUUUAGUUCAAUUAUAAAUACUUACCGACUGCGAGGCGGCAAAACAUUGUAAAAAAAUAACAUCUUACAAUCUGUUCUCAUGACUUCCAUUAUUCAUAAAAUAAACUAUAUAAUUAACUAAUUUGUCUAA